GUGAAUUUCUGCGUGAAGUAUUGACAACAGAUUGAGGAACUCGGGGUUAAUGAAUCGUUCAAGCUGUGCCAAGUAUUAAAACACAACAGACUAGUGUCAUAGGGUAUAGGGAACUGCUUUGAGGGUACUGAAUUUCCCGUUGUCCACCAAGGAUACCUAAAGAAGAACGGCAUUGAUAUCUCCAAAGUCUUUGCUAAAAUCGAGUGACAUAGCAAUCGGAUGGCUUCAGCAAGGCAACUCUCAGACCAUCUAAAAUGUCCAAUCUGCCAUGACCUACUCUGCAAUCCUAAACUUCUGCCAUGUUCACAUUCUUUUUGCACAAAUUGUUUGACCGAACUUUACUCAACUCAGCAAGCUGAUUACGGGUUAACUUGUUCAGUGUGUCGCCAAGAUGCAAAUGUUCCUGAAAAUGAUGUGUGUAACUUUCCGACAAAUCGAGUAGUCAAGUCCCUCGUCGAAGAUUUCAAAAGAAGAUCAGAUGCUAAGGCCGAGCGUAUAAAAGGGGAUGGAGGAACCACCAUUCAAACUUGUACGGUUUGUGAUGGUGAUGAUCAAGACAUUGCAACCUACUACUGCCAGAACUGUUCAGAGUUCCUUUGCGAAGACUGCUUGCAACACCACAAUAGAUACAAGCGGAAUGCAUGCCAUGAGACUGUGAAAGUAAUAGAUAUUGAGGUGGGAGUUGUCAAAAAGAAAUUCCCGUGUCCUACACAUCCACAGGAACUGCAGCAGUUCGUGUGUACCACAUGUCUGGUUCGAAUCUGCUGCAGAUGCCGGGAGGUCGAACACAAAGAAGAUAGACAUGAAGUCAUCGCGAUUGCCAUGUACGAAGAGAAUCAACAUGAGAAAACGGCAAUUAUGUUGGCGAAAAUUGAUGAAAGAGGUGUUGAUAUCAAUAAUUACUUGUCUGUAUUGCAGGAGACGGGUCAAAAUGUAAAAAGUAUCAUUUCUCAACGACAGCAAGAAAUAAAAAUUGCUUACGACACAGCAGAAGAACAAUUGCGAGGGAGAAGAGAUGAAUUGCUCAAUGAAUGCAGUAAUGAUGGUAACAAAUUCUAUCAGGAAUUGCAAGAAAAAGAAGAAUGCAUUAAUACAUUUCUAGGAGCUGUAUCUAAUCGGGCCUCGCUUGUGAACGAUGGCCUGGGAAAACUUUAUCAACCAGAUCUGUCACUCGCUGAUCAUGCAGCACGAUGGGGUGAUCUUGAAAGUUUUCUCAUGAAUGAAGACAUCUCCUCACUUCUCGCUCAGUUAUUAAACAUACGACAGCGUGCAGAAUCUUUGACCUCCCGUAUGGCUGCUUCUACCAUUGAUCUUAGCAUUGGUACUGUUCUCGUCAAGGACCAUCGGCUGGAUGGAGAACCAAAGAGUAGUGAUGCGAUAGCGAUAGCUCCGAGGAAAGGGGAUACUAUUUUCAAGAAGGAAGCCUCCGAUGACCUUGUUUCACAUCCUUCUACGUCGACAAACGUAACCUCCCAAGCAAAGCCCACUUCCGACAGUCAAGCUCCUUAUGAAAGUCCCUAUGAUCGUCUUGAUCUUGGAACUCUAGAAAGGAAAAUAGAUGAUUUACAGGCCAGCAUGGCUACCAGUACGACUCCGACAAACGAAAGCCAUUCUUUAAAUGAAGAACUCAGACGGACCUCCGAGUGUCCGGAUAUUAACAGGGCUAGUGUUCGUUCUCGCUUUUUAAAUCUCGUCGGACAAGGUAAGCGGAAGGCUCGUAUCCACUAGCGUAUAUAUAUACCUAAGGGGGGGGGGCAGGGGGGGCAGACUGCCCCCCUGACGAGUUACAACUCAUGCAGGGCACGUAUCCCUGCCCCCCUGACGAGUCACAACUGAUACAGGGGACGUGCCCCCCGCCUUUUGAGAAACCAAAUUACUAAUUUGUAAUGUAAAUUUGAACCUGAAGACCUUUUUUUUAUUUUUAUUUUUUACUUGUUUAAUUUUUCCGCGGACGAAAUAUCCUCCAAAUAAAUUCCCCCCUUCUGGAAAAUCCUGGGUACGCCAGUGCUCGUAUCCCUACUUUUAAGUUCUGACUUGAACUCGACCAUUGAGUAGAUUCCCAGUUUCGAACUUGACAAUGGUUCUACCGAUUUGUCAAAUCGAUCAGGCAUCAUCAAGCCACUAUUGGACUUGAUUGGUCUAUAGUUCGGAAAAGUAUGAUCAAUACACCUUGAUCGGGUCGAUCAACAAUUAGCAGGCUCAGGCCUCAUAUUCGACUAUUUUAGGACAGCAUAGUUACCACUGCCGAAAUGAUUACUCAAUCAAGCCCAUUCACCAUUUUCCGUUCGAUCGGUUGUCAUCGGAAGUUGGACCUGGGGGCCGUUUCAUAAAGCUGUUCGUAAGUUAAGAGUGACUUCAAGGACGACUGGUGAUCAUUUCUUGUGGUAAGUGAUAUUUACCAUUUGGUGGGUAUUUAGCGCGUAAGAAAGGUUCACCAGUCGUUCUUAAAGUCGCUCCUAACUUUAAUACGAACAGCUUUAUGAAACACCCCCCUGGUCGGUAACCAACAUCGGGCCAAUCUUCCUUUGCUGCUUGGACAUCACUCUGUUUUCUUACACUAAUAUAUUGAACAUAUCAUAAAUAUUUAAAUAGGAAAGGGCAGUGUAAACGCUGAAGACAGGAUUAACCAGCAAGGGGGAGGGGACCAAUGGCGGAUCCAGCUUUUGUCAGUAGGGCGGAAAAGGGAUUUUUCGCCCACAUUUUCCUGAUGGCCACUUAAAGCUAUUCUUUGUCGUUUUCCUUUUAGGGGGUAUUCAUAGCUAAAGACUCAAAGUUUAUUCUUACGAAGGUAAGGUAUCUCAAAAAGCUUAUAAAUGAUGCGAGCGCGAAGCUCAAACCAAGCUCAUUUUUUGUUAUGUAUUCAAACCUUUAAACUUAACAUUCUAAGCAAUUUAUCAAAUAAUGAUCAAGAUGCGUAUCUAAUUUAACGAACAAUGCGAGGUCGAAGCGGUAUCUUAAAUUUUCGAUAAAUUGACCUGAAAAGGAACCUGUAUGGGAGUGUUUGCAGUUGCUCAUGAAGAGGAUUCAUAUCUCACGUGUCGAGUAAUGGAAGCGGGAAGCGCGAGCUGAAAAUGUUUGAUAUAAAAAAAAAACUGGACAGUUUACAGCACUGAUUCUUUUUUUUUUAGAUUUAGACCUAAAAACGGAACAUUCUAAGCAUUUUUGUUUUUAUCUUGAUCAGGAUAUAAUCAAAUAAAUUUAUUGGUGAGAGCACGAAGCGCGAUCUGAUAAUGUUUGAUAUUCCAACCUGAAAAACUCGACAGUUUAAGCACUCAUUUAGAUCAAGACGUGUAUUUCAAUAAAACGAGCAUGAAUACUGGGAUGAUUUUUUUUAAUAGAUUUAUUCCGAAACUGGGCAUUCUUUUCACUUUUCGUAAUCAUGAAAAGAACGGGUGUCUCCUAAAUAAAUGAUGCGAGUUUAAAUUUUGGGGAUUUAGACCCAAAACGGGAAAUUCUAAUCAAACUUUGUUAAUAUUAGACAUGAUGUGUAUUUAACUUAACAAUUAUUGUGAAUGCAAAGCGAUAAUAAAUAUUUAAUAUGGGCCUUCUGACCUAGAAAGGUGACGUUUCAUGAACUGUUUUGGGGAAUCCAUGAAGAGGAUACGCAUCUCGCUAAUCAAUUAAUGCUAGCGCGUAGCGCGAGCUGAAAAUUGUUUAUAUUUAGCACUUUUUUAAAUGACAU